GUGUUUACGGUAAUGCGUCUCGCUUGUAGUGUUUACGGUAAUGCGUCUCGCUUGGCGUGUUUACGGUAACGCGUCUCGCAUGUGGUGUGUACGGUAACGCGUCUCGCUUGUAGUGUGUACGGUAAUGCCUCUCGCUUGGCGUGUUUACGGUAACGCGUCUCGCUUGGCGUGUUUACGGUAAUGCAUUACGCGUGUGGUGUUUACGGUAAUACGUCUCGCUUGUGGUGUGUACGGUAACGCGUCUCGCUUGGCGUGUUUACGGUAAUGCGUCUCGCGUGGGGUGUUUACGGUAACGCGCCUCGCUUGUGGUGUGUACGGUAACGCGUCUCGCUUGUGGUGUGUACGGCAAUGCGUCUCGCUUGUGGUGUUUACGGUAAUGCGUCUCGCUUGGCAUGUUUACGGUAAUGCGUCUCGCUUGGCGUGUUUACGGUAACACGUGUUUCGAGCCGCCUGCGAUCGUAGAGGGCAUGGCGCAUGCACCCGGUAACAGCGCCACCGUGCCCACCAUCACCACAACCAUCAUCACCGCGGCCAGCGAGAGCGGAUAAACUUACAACUCACUCGCGUGGAGGCUCCCAGAGAGACCCGAGGCCUCGUCUCCAUACCGGGCCCGCACUCUGAGCAGGGGUUUUGCGGGAGACGCCAUGGGGACGCUGCUGAGGACUGCAAGGCCCGGGAUGAGCCUCCUGGCCUCAGGCGCUCGGCACCACGGGCUUCGGGGUCUCCUGACGUCCGGGGCCCGUGCCCGGGGCCCUCCGUGGGACGCCGACAAGCACACGACCCCGUCGUGCUGGUCGUGUGCGGCAGGCGCUCGCAGGCAUCUUCUCACCGACGACGUCCUCCGGUUGAGGGAGUUUCAGCAGAGGAAGAUCGCUGCAGCCUGCCUAAUUUACGGGAAGCGAGAUUCGUACAUGGCGCUGAUGGAAGAGAAGCUUGCCAAUCACCAGUUGAUCCUCACGGAAGAUUUAAAGACCGCCGUUCAUUUAUGUCAGACGCCAGUUGACGCACAGCUAAUCAUCAAGCUCAUAUACAGAUAUCACGCGGAGAACAGCAAUCUCUUGUUGGGCGACUUUAAGUUCGGUCCUCUGGUGUGUCGCCUCUUCUACGAGCUCGGCAUGGCCAAGGAAGCGGUGCAACUCCUGAUGGACCGCAAAUUGAAGGACUUCUUUGGCGACCACACGUCCUUUGCUGUCGUGAUUGAUAUGCUGUAUGAGAAAGAAGACUACGAAAGCGCCUUAAAUGUCAUCAAAGAGAUGCGGCAACGUGGGACUCAGUAUACUAAAGACACGUACCUCCUGGCGCUGGCACUGUGCUACAAACUGAACACGCACGAGUCGUACGAAGUCUGCCAGAGCGUGCUGGACGACGCCGAGAUCAACGUGCGCCCCGUCGCCCGGCGCGGCUACUGCUUCGCCGUCAUGCUGGCGAUCAACCAGGGAGAUCUCAAAAAUGCCAGGGUUCUGUACAACCGUAUCCUGAAGCCAAACUCCAAAGUGUGCCUCAAUCUGCAGGUCCUGCUGGCUGCGCUGACGCGCUCCCGCGCCGAGAUGCUGCACCUCCUCAAGUCCGUGCGCGACGGGAACGUCUCCAACUUCGUGCACAAGAUCGAAAUCUGUCGGGACGUGAUGUCGCAGGUGCAAAGUUCGCUGGAGGGGGAGACGUGUGACCCGGACGGCGAGGAUCUGCAGAACCUGUUGGGGCACCUGGAGCGGAUGGGCCACAUCUCAGCCAUGCCGUUCGACACGCUGCUGUGCAGCAAGCCCAGGAGCCAGCGUAACCUCGGCGGCCAAGCGCCGAGGUUGAAGGGCAGCCGCGGCGUGGGCAGACGCACCGGGGCGCUCAGCCAGACGCUGCUCACGGAAUGACGAGGACGACGAGCGUUGUGUUGACCACUCCGCACGAUGUGGUGCUGCGUUGGUUAAGAUGAGUCGAUGAGGUCAAUCAAUCCACCAAACACUGCAAUCGGCUGCUUUUCUGUGGUCAAUUACUUUGGCCGCUUUGAGAAUGAACUAAAACUUUACUAAAGUUUUUUUUUUUUAACCAGGUAAGGGCCCCCACUGAGGUUUAUAGCAGAAGCGAGCUGGUCACAAUUGACAACUCAACGAAGUGGCUUAUCGUGUGGAAAAUUAUAUCAGCCAAAUAAUCUGAAUGCAUGAUUUCAAGUGUGGAAGUAAAAACCGAAGGACCUGGAGAAAAACCCACGUGACCAUGGGGAGUACACGCAAACUCCAAAUGUUCAGGCGUCGUGGUCGAGAUCGAACCCACGACCUCCUGUACACCAGAAGAGGUAGUUAACAUCUCAACACCGUGGUGGUUUUUUACAUAAAUGCGCACAUUUUAAAUGAAGUUGUAACCUCGCUUGUCAUUCAAAGACAUGAACAUUAACAGCCGGAGAAGUUUAAUGAGCACCACUUUGCACCGCAAACGUUCUGUAAAACUCUUUGCUGAGCGCACAGGUCAAACACAACUCUGCUGCGGGGGAGGUACGGCAGGGUUGAGAGGUCGCAAAGUCGGGACGUCUCGAGUGACCAGAAGUUCCACACGCAUCAAGAACCUAUAUGCCGCCGAGCCAGCACCACUCGGAACCUGGGUUGGAAUCCGUGUUUGCUCGGUUACUAAUGGCUGCUCAAAAAGCCGUCGCGUUCAAUUUUGAUUCUGCCGCUUAAUUUGGCAAAAUUCCGGCUCUUUGACAAUAUUGGUUUCAACGUCAGGUGACACAUUGCUCGGCGGCAAGCGAAGGGGAAACUGCUGCCCACUACCGUGUGAAGCAGAGGUCGAGUGAAAGGAUCUCGGGAAGCUUUGACGUUCACUUCCGUGGGCUGUUCUUCGAACACAAAGUCUUGCACUUCUCUGCGAGAGAUUCAAAUGGGUGUUUCCCGUGUCGUGACAAUGGUAGCACAACUUGGAUAUACUUCUGGGAAAAGUUUGUUGAAAUUAACACGCGAUGAGAAAUCCGUUUGACCCCAUUCCCCGGCCGCAUCGAGCAGUGGGCCCGCUGUCUUACCCCGAGCCAGCGUUUCAUUCCCGCUGUGGUCUGGUGUCGGUGAUGUCUUUCAGCUCAUUCAAGAGCCGGGCUGGCUCGGCUCUUGAAUGUUCCCAUGGGAAAUCCUUCCGAACCAAACUAAUCCCAAGUGAGCGUGGUCGAUACCACGGGCCCCCAGCUCAAGUGACCAAUGCUGCACGCUUUUACCUGGGCUCACCCCAGAAUUGGUUGCAACGUCGCAAGGGCAAAUGGAAAUUAAAGCACAUGCUUUCUGGACGUAGCACGCUUAGUCAACCAUCCCAGCCGUGUUGGCGUUAAAACGCGCUAAAAAUGUAUUGAAACAUCUCGGUAUGUAUGUUGAACUUCUUUCACAUCGUACUACGUAGCCAACUGUGCUAAUCGGAAGUGCGGGAAAAGGACCACAUACGCGUGUAACCCAUACCUGCUUGAAAACACAUUCGUAAAAAAUUCACUUUCAGACUACUGUCAGGCGGCCACCAUUGGGUUGGGUUAAGAAGGGCGGAACUCGCAGAGCCAUACGACUCGCUUGCAGUGCCGGAUUAAGAUAGUGCGGGGUCUGUAACAUAUGUUAAAAAGGGGCCCUAAAGUAAAAAAAAAAACAUCUUUUAAAAAAUGUACUUGCAUAGUAAAGUAAUUGUAUUUUUUCAUUUGCUAUACAGCCAGAUAAUACGAUAAAUCACUAACCUUAAAAACCCAGUCGUUCACAAAAGUUGAAGGCAGUAUAGUACAAUAGUAAUAGGGCAAGUGCAGAAUCACUGAACCGGAAUUAAUAGCUUGAAAUCAUUUAGGGGGGGGGGGCCUGAAAGUGCGCGACUCGUAGCAGAUGUAGCUACUUUUGCUACUCGGAUAAUCCGGCACUGCUCACGCGGCGUGGAAACCCAUAUCCAGGCCGUGGUGCCGAUCCUGGGCCAGAACUGGGCUAGUCCUGGGCCAGCAGAGCUCCGGUUCGGGUGGCCAUGGAAACGAGGCAUUGAACGCGGUGGGGCAAACUGGCCCGUGCCAAGAGCACGAAGCAUCGGGCCUCAAUCGUCAAGGCGGCCACGGAUCUUCUUUGGAGCUGACGUAAAGUGCGCAUGACGUUUGUAUGGAGCACGUCUUGAAAAAUAUGUAAAUGUAAUAUGAUUUUUUUCUGCCAAGAUGCAUUGCUUAUUUAAAUACAGAAUAGGUUAUCCUUAAUAAAAAUAUGAAAAGCA